AUGGACCCGCUGGACACCCUGGCCCUGGCCGUCUACUCCGUCACCAUCCUGCUGGGCUUGCCCACCAACACCUUGGUGCUGUACAUCUUCUACCGCCGUGCCCGUGCCCGCCUCACCCCCAACCUCAUCUACAUGAUCAACCUCUGCCUCUCGGACCUGGCCUUCAUCCUCAUCCUGCCGCUGAAGAUCCUGGAGGUGGUUCCCCCAGGUUGGUCCCCGCCAAGCUUCCUCUGCUCCCUCUACAGCCUGGCCCACUUCGGCACACUCUACGCCAGCACCUGCUUCCUGACAGCAGUCAGCGCCGGGCGCUACCUGGGCACCGCCUUCCCCAUCCACUACCAGCUCUACAAGAAGCCCCUUUACUCCUGCCUGGUCUGUGUGGCCAUCUGGACCCUGGUGGGCUUUCACGGUGUCCUGCUGCUCAUCCUGGAGACUUCGCUGGGUGCUAACGCCACCCUCUUUACGGGCAACGGCUCCAUCUGCUACCAGGAGUUCAGCCCGGAGCAGCUGGCCCUACUGGCUCCUGUCCGCUUGGAGCUCUCCGUGGCCCUGUUUUUCCUGCCCUUGGCGAUCACGGUCUUCUGCUACGCUGGUUGCAUCCACGUCCUUGUUAAGUCCCGUCUCCAUGAGCAGAAGAAGCGCCGGGCGGUGCGGUUGGCUGUGGCCACGCUUUCCAUCUUCGUGCUCUGCUUUGGGCCCUACAACCUGUCCCAUGUGGUGGGCUACGCCCGCAGCGAAGACGUCUGGUGGCGCAGAGUGGCACUGCUGCCCGGUGCCUGCAACGCCUUCCUGGACCCGCUCAUCUUCUGCUUCCUCUCCUCGGCCAAGGACCACGGCCUGGCCUGGGUGUGGCGCUCAGUGGGGCAGCGUUGCAGCUCCUUCCGGCAGAAGAUGACCAUGGGUCACAGGGAGUCAGGCAAGAGGCAGCCUGAGAAGGGGGCUGCAUUGCAGGGGAGUACAGGCCCCGGGGUGGGGAACUCCAAAUGACCAUGGGACAAGGAGACA